AUGCAGGUAUCCUUCUCAAUAUCAUCCAGACAAAAUGAAAGUAUCAAUAGUCCUCAGGUUGAUAAUCAACAUGCAUUGUUGGAGUAUGAUGAUGAGCAACGAUGUUUUAUUGUGAAGGAUCUCAAUUCCUCAACGGGAACUUAUGUUCAUGACUGUCGUGUACAAAAUGCCGCGGUAAGAUUAGUCAAUGGAGAUAUUAUACGGUUUGGUUGUAAUGGUUUACCACUCGAGUUUCGUAUGGAACAAACUCAAGAAACCUCAAUGCCAUCUAUAUACCAAAAACCAACAAAUUCCAAUUCUCUUCAACUUAUAUCACAAACCAUUCCAUCGCGACGCGCAACGAGUGGAUUAGCGACAUAUCAGCAACCAAUCGAUGUCGCGCAAAAUCCUGGAUUCACACUUCGAACUCGACCUUCGAGUGUAGGAGCUAAAAAACCUCCAACAUCAACGACAAACAUCCCUAGUCAAGAUUCCACUUCUAACCGUGAUCCUCAAGUUCGCAGUAAUGCUUGGACUAUAAACCAUUCUUCAAAUAAUGGCCGGUCUGUAAUCAACGGAAAUUUUACUGGAGAAUUAGAUAUAUCUACACAUGAUACAAGUGAUAUAACAAAUCGUGUCGAUCUUCUGGAGAGGGAAGUCAAAGGCCGUGAUGCAGAUAUUCGAGGAAUUAAUGAUCGAUUACGAAAUUUGGAACCAUUGAGUUCCUCAUUCACCAAUGAAGUUCGCACGUUGAAGAGUGAAUUAGAUAAGGCCAAACGAGAGAAACUAGCAGCUUCAAACUUAAUUACAAGUCUUCAGCGUGAUUUACAUAUCAAAGAAUCUGAUCUAGCGAAAGUAACUCGCGAAAUCGAAGGAAUGAAAAACGAUAGUCGAGAUAAAGAUCUUCGAUUACAAUCCAUACAAGCCAAGCUGAAUUUGCUUCGCGAUCGGAAUCGUGCCGAAGAAGAACGUGUUACGAAGGAAAACGAGCUUAAAAUCAAAGCUGCAGAACAACAGAUCAGUGAAUUGAAAGAAAGUGUCAAUCGACUGAAAAUUCAAUUGCAAGAUACAGAAAGUCAAUUGCUACGAUUGAAUCAAAACGAACAAAAAUUAAAGGAAGAAGGUGAGAUUGUACGCAGACAACUGGUCGAAGCACAACAAAGUGAAACAAAACUUAAAACUAAUUUUGAAGAUUCCGAGAAAAAGUAUAAUGAAUUCUGCAGUAAGGUAUGGAAAUGUUUUGCCGUUGACGACGACGAUGACUAUGACGAAGAUCAACACAACAUCGUUGAACAAAUUGAACAAUUAAAACAGCAUUUGACUCAAUGUCAGAUUCAGCUUGGUCAACAACUCGAACAGCAUGCAUCAUCGAAUGAAACACUACGCGAUUUACUCAGAAAAUUCAUUGAAUUGCUCACAAAUGCAAUACAAGAACAUGCAACAGUUGAAAGUCUUUCACAAGUUCGACAACAAAUCGUUGAUCUCGAAGCUGGUGCGGAGGAUGGUACACUUGCUGGAAUGUUCAAACGUGCAGCAUUGAAUGUAAUCGAUUGUCAUGUGAAAUUGAUCGAUGGUAUAAACCAUCUCGUCAGCCAAGAUGAUGAUCAACAAGGAAAUCGAUCUGCUAAUAAAACAUUCGAAUUAAUUCGUCGUCAGUACGAAGACUUACAACGUGAAAAGGACAGCUUUGCCCAUGAACGUACAUCUCACGAAGAAAGAUUUCGUUCGGAAUUAGAAAAUCUCACUUCAGAAAAAGAUGCUUCUUGGCAACAACGUUUCAAUGAUGAAUGCGAUCGUCUUCGUCAACAAACUGCUCAAUUGCAAAGUGACUAUGAUGAACAAGUGCGUUCGUUAUCCGAUCGUCUCGCAAGUGUUACUGCAGAAAAGGCAGAAUACUUUCAACGAUGGACUACACUUCAAACUGAAUCAUCUCAGCAAAUCGAUGAUCUUUCGACAAAAUUACGUCAGUGUCAACGUCAAUUGACUGCAGAGAACGAGAAACAGAGCGAUUUAUCGGAUAUUCAUGAAAAACAAAGAGAAGAGUUGGAUCGACUAGAAAAGGAAAAGAAUACAACUAUCGAAGAUUUAACGGCACAGAUUGAAGUUUACAAAGGGCAAAUACGACAAUUCUCGAAGAUGAUCGUUCAGCUGGAGAAAAACCUAACUGAAGAACAAGAGAAAUGCGUGAAACUGCAAACAGAUUUGGAUAACGCCAACAAAAAGAUCAAAGGCAAACCACCAACACACUCAUCUUCCAGUACGAAACACGUACCUGUCAUCCCUGUUAUAACCACAGCUGUAACGGAUGUCAGUAAUGAAUUACAAGCGCAUAAAACUCGUAUUCAAGAACAGGAACAGAUCAUUGUUUCACUACGACGCGAUCUAGCUGGUAUGAAUGCUCGUCUAUCGGACGUUCAAGGUGAAUUAAGUGAUAAACAAAAACGAACUUUGGAGAAGAACGAUACUACCAUACGCGAUCAAACAAAGGAAUUGAGCGCAACAAGAGUGAAAUUGUCUAAAUUGAGCGACAUCGUCGAUAAACAAGCAACGAAAAUCGAAUCAUUGCAAACUGAACUCUCGAAAUCAAAAAUUCUAGCAAAUCAAUAUCAGCUAUUAGUCGACCAACGUCAAGCUGAUAUCGAUCGAUUGAGCAAAUCUCUUGAACAGACCAGUUCUGUUGUCCAACAUGUAGAAAAAACAAACUUUGAGGAAGGUCGUGUUACUCAUGAAUUAGUGGCGAUUGGCGCCCAAUGUAAAGGUGAACGACAUGAGCAAACGAUUGGUCGACAACGUGAAGCUCUGAAUGAAUUACGAGCGAGAAUUAAGUCUUUAGAACAAUCCAGACCGGCUAAUCCCUCUUAUGAAAAAACGUUACAACAAGUUGUUUCAUUGAAACGUGAUUUAGCAGAGAUGCGCGCUCGACAAGCUCUACCUACCGAUUUACCAUAUCUAACAACAUCAAAUCCACCGGCUCUAACAGGACAGCCAGUGGGCGAUACAUCUUGUCUGACACCCGAAGCACAAAAAGUUAUUGAAGAACGUACAGCUCACAUGGAAACCAUGAAUAUUCUACAAUCAUGUGAUGAACUAUACCAUACUUUCGCUCGGAAAGUAGUUCGAUUGUUGAAUAUCGAAGAUGAUACAGUACUACACACAUCUCCAUUGACAGUAGCAGCGUCGAAUGAACGUUACGCUGCUCUACAACAACGCCAACGUAUGAUUGAUAUUCUCUUACAAAGGAUCGAAAUUUUACACGAUCGUUUACUACGCAAAGAAGAUCUACUAAAAGAUUACGAGAAAGACUUAGGCAAACUUCGGCAAGCUGAAAUUGCAUUACGUGAACGCGAUAUUAUUGUCCAAGAUCUUGAAACUGAUAAACGAAUCAGAGACGAUGAAACCUUACAUCUCCGAAACACUUUAAAAGAUACUCAAAAUAAUCUCAACAGAGAAAAACGAACGAAUGCAACGAUCAAACUCAGUCGAAACGCUGAUCUCUCUCAAUCAAAUGAUCUAAUUCGCCGUACUGGUGGCCCAGCAAGCAACCUUCAUCAUCACUGCCCACCGGAUGAUACAACAGGAAAAGUUCAAACGAUCCAACAAGACAUGAAUCAGAAACUAUCUCGAAAAAAUUACGAAAUCAAAACCCUAAAACAAGAACUUCACGAAGCGUUAGAUACACUAUCUGAACAAUCGAACAAAGUUAGACUACUCGAAUUACAAUCCAUGGACACUUCCAACAACAUUAUCAGUUAA